GUAAACGACGGCGAAGCGGAGAAACCCGUCAGAGCGACGAUGGUCGAAGCGUUAACGCGGACAUUCGGUGAUGACCUCGUGGCCAAGAUGAUUCUUAGAGCGAAGGCAAACAAGGCAACACAGAGCGUUGCAUCGAGAUUGGAGUCUGCACAACUGGAAAUGUGGCGGAGCAGUGAAAAAUCUGUGGACGAUGUGUACAAACGGCUACGGCUAGACCCUGAGCAUCUAGUAGGUGACAUCGCUGCCCAUUCUGCCUUCGGCGUGUGGGUUUCAUACGUGAAUACCGUCAGCACAGCGAAUCCCAGCAAGGCGUCCACCUUGCUGUCGACGUUCGAGUCGCGCUUCAAGGACCAACCUUUCAACCAAAUUCUCCAAUUGAUCGUCAAGAAGUUCCACAGUAAGGAGAAGGCCGCUACCGCAAUCCAGACGGAGAAGAUUCGGGGCUACCUGGAUAUUCCACCACACCUUAAUCAACUCAUCCUGCACCUUGGCUGCGAUGCUUCUGGUAUUUUUCAAGUUCUUCGCCGUCUGGGCCAUUUCAAAUAG